CACUCGCUUCGGCAACUACCACGGUACCACCCGGCCGCUAUAGAGAAGAGAGAGCCGGCAGCCCACUCGCACUUGGCCGCCCGUCCUCCCUCUCCCGUGCUAGUUCCAGCGCCACCGCGCCCCUCGCCAUGGAUGCUCCAGCCCAUUAGCACGCUACUCGUCUCCAUUCCCCAGGACAGGAGCCUCAUCCGCGGGACGCCGGCCGCUGCUGGAACCAAAUGGGUCUGGUUGUGUGGAAUUUGUUUUUGCUCUUACUCACUUUGGUUUCAUCAUCAUGGAGUUUAAAUUCAGACGGUCUAGCUCUGCUUGCUCUGUCCAAAAAUCUCAUAUUGCCGAGUUCCAUAAGCUCCAGCUGGAAUGCUUCCGAUAGAACUCCAUGUGAAUGGCAUGGAGUUCUUUGUGAUAGACAGACUAAUGUAUUUUCUCUUGACCUAUCAUCUUCUGGAGUUUCUGGUUCACUGGGACCUCAAAUAGGACUGUUAAAGUACCUAGUAGUCCUCACUUUGCAAAAUAACAGCAUAUCAGGUGCAAUCCCUCCAGAAUUGGGCAAUUGUAGCAUGCUUGAUCAAUUGGAUCUUUCCGAGAACUCCCUUUCUGGUGAAAUACCAGAAUCCCUUGGCAACCAAAAGAAACUGUCAGUGCUCGCAUUGUACAGUAACUCACUCGAUGGGGAAAUCCCUCCUGAAUUGGGCAAUUGUAGCAUGCUUGAUCGAUUGGAUCUUUCCGAGAACUCUCUUUCUGGCGAAAUACCAGAAUCCCUUGGCAACCUAAAGAAACUCUCAUCGCUCGCCUUGUACACUAACUCCCUCCAUGGGAAAAUACCUGAAGGGUUGUUCAAGAACCAGUUUCUGCAGUACGUGUACCUCCAUCAAAAUAAUCUCAGUGGUCAUAUCCCUUCGUCACUUGGUGAAAUGGCAAGUCUUAGAAGCUUAUGGUUGCAUCAAAAUGGAUUAUAUGGAGUUCUGCCAGAUUCUAUUGGAAACUGCACCAAGUUGGAGGUGCUUUAUCUACUAUAUAAUCAGUUGAGAGGGAGUCUUCCAAAAACCUUGAGCCUUAUUAGUGGACUGAAGGUUCUAGAUGUCACUGGAAAUGGCUUAACUGGAGAGAUUGAUUUUCAUUUUGAGAACUGUAAGUUGGAGAAAUUCAUAUUGUCGUUUAAUAAUCAGCUAAGGGGCGAAAUUCCAUCAUGGCUAGGGAAUUGUAGUAGCUUGACUGACCUUGCACUUGUCAACAAUAGUUUCUCCGGCCACAUUCCAGCUUCUCUCGGCUUACUGAGCAACCUCACCUAUCUUUUGCUUUCUCAGAACUCCUUGUCUGGCCCGAUUCCUCCUGAGAUUGGUAACUGUCGGUCGCUUCUGUGGCUAGAGUUGGAUGCAAACAUGCUGGAGGGUAGUGUUCCUAAAGAGCUGGCUAAUCUGAGAAAAUUGCAGAAGCUCUUUCUGUUCGAUAAUCGCCUCACUGGGGAGUUUCCCGAGGAUAUUUGGAGCAUCCGGUGGCUUCGAAGUGUCCUUAUUUACAGAAAUGGAUUUACUGGGAUGCUACCUCCAGUGUUAGCUGAGCUAAAGCUCCUGCAGAACAUUACACUGUUUGGUAAUUUCUUCUCCGGAGUCAUACCAGCGGGUUUGGGUGUGAAUAGCCGUUUACGCAUAAUUGAUUUCACCAAUAACAGUUUCACCGGUGGAAUACCACCAUACAUUUGUUCAGGUAAAAGACUGAGAGUGUUGGACUUGGGGUUUAAUCUUCUCAAUGGUAGCAUCCCAUCUGGCCUUACAGACUGCCCAGGUUUGGAACGAGUUAUUCUCGAAAACAAUCAUCUUACUGGGGUCAUACCAGCGGGAUUGGGUGUGAAUAGCCGUUUACUCCAAAUUGAUUUCACCAACAACAGUUUUACGGGUGGAAUACCACCAUACAUUUGUUCAGGUAAAAGACUGAGAGUGUUGCACCUGGGUUUCAAUCUUCUCACUGGUAGCAUCCCAUCCGGUGUUGCCGACUGCCCAAGUUUGGAACGAAUUAUACUCCAAAACAAUGAUCUUACUGGGGCUAUUCCAUGAUUGUUGAAGUCAAUGAAGAAGUUUGGUCUUAUUUUGGUAGUCGGAAAGGUGUGAGAAUGAGUUCUUUUGUCACAUUUUUUGUUUAACGCAGCUGAAUGUUCGACAAAGAUAGUGCAUACAUCUCAAAGAUGAGGUAGUUGUUGCCAGGGUAUGCUACU